AUGGGGACAGAGUUGCCUGGCGAAUGCCACGUGCGGGGCCAGGCCUUUCUUCCUUUACUUCAGGCGCCCCUUUCGUCGUCCGCGGUGUGGGUUCCGGAUCAGUCCGCUGGUCCAGAAGAGGAGGGACCAGCCUUCAUGGCCAUUACCCUCGUAGCCGGCGGCUGGCGAUGCACGCAUGGGGUCGUCUGCAUCCGAGGCUGCCCUCAGAGCGACCACCGACGAGCCCUCCGAGCCCGGGCCGAAACACCUGGCGGUUAUUUCUCAGUCUAUAUUUUAAUGCUUGUCACUGUCUCUAAUUUAGAUCUAAUCCAGUACAUAAAUGGAACAAAUAGGAGUGUUGAACAUCUGGCUGAUAUUCUUUCUGAGAAAACUGGGAGCAGCAGCUGGGUGGUGGUGUUCAAAGCCCUGAUCACUGUGCAUCACCUUAUGGUGCAUGGAAAUGAGCGAUUUAUCCAACAUCGUGCAUCUAGAAACUCCUUGUUCAUUUUAUACAAUUUCCUGGAUAAAAGUGUCAUAGAAGGCUAUACUAUGUCAACCUUCAUCAGACGAUAUAGCAGGUACUUGAAUGAAAAGUCACUUUCAUAUAGACUGAUUGCCUGUGACAUCACCAAAACCAAGAGAGGGACGGAUGGUGUGAAGAGAGCUAUGAACACUAAAGAGCUGCUAAACAGUUUUCCAGUUAUUCAAACUCGGUUUGUUGCUCUUCUUAAUUUUAAUGCAAACCCUGACGAAAUAACUAAUGGUGCUUUCAUGCUCCUCUUUAAGGAUUCUCUUCGCCUCUUUGCAGCCUAUAAUGAGGGGAUCCUUAAUCUGCUAGGCAAGUAUUUUGACAUGAGGAAGAACCAAUGCAAGGAAAGUUUGGAUAUUUACAUCAGGUUCCUUGGAAGAACGACCAAAUUCGCACAGUUCCUGAAAGUUGCAGAGGGGCAUCGCCCUCAUUUCCUUGUCUGGUCCUUGCUCCCUGAUUUCGACACUGGCCAGGGCUCACAGAGCCUCCUUCUGCAAGUGGCUGUGUGGUGUGUCUGCCCGUGUCUGGGCCUCUUCUUUCCGCCGUCGCCUGCCGUUCGUGUCGAGUGCGGCUCCCGGAAACUCGCGCACCAGCGUCUGCUCUGCCUGCCAUUCGAUGCACUUUUAUUUUUCACCAGAGCCGUUCAAACCUACGUCUCUGGGCCACGGCCCUCAUCAGAGUUCCAGGGGCACAAACUCGGGCACCUACCAGAUGGUUCCACCGUGCUGGGUACCAGCUUCGCCUUAGCAUAG